AUGUCUUCGUCCGUCGUACAACAGUUUGUCUCGGGCUUAAAGUCCCGGCACCGAGAGACGCAAAAUAAAGCGGCACAGGAUCUUUACUUGUAUGUGAAGACCGAGCUGCGUGAUAUGUCACAGGAGGAACUUGUGCAGUUUUUUGAUGAUUUCAAUCAUCAUAUCUUUGAUAUGGUGAAAAGUUCAGAUGUUCAUGAGAAAAAGGGUGGUGUUUUGGCUAUAAAAUGUUUGAUUAGUGGAGAUGUCGUCAACACAACCACACGCAUUUCACGAUAUUCCCACAACUUGCGAAAUCUUCUGCCAUCGAAUGAUGUAUCUGUCAUGGAAAUGGCAGCAAAAACUCUUGUGAAAUUAGCUUUAUUGCCAGGAUCUAAAGGAGCGGAAUCGUUUGAGUUUGACAUAAAGCGGGCAUUUGAAUGGUUAUCGGAGGAAAGACACGAGUACCGUCGGCACGCAUCCGUUCUCAUUCUGCGCGAAUUAGCAUUGGCCAUGCCAACAUAUUUCUAUCAGUCAAUGUCGACGUUUUUCGAGAAAUUUUUCAACGCCGUUCACGAUCCUAAACCAGCUAUUCGAGAAUCCGCUGGAGAAGCUUUACGCGCCGCCUUAAUAGUAACAUCUCAACGUGAGAACACGAAACAAUCUAGUAAACCACAAUGGUAUAUGCUUUGCUAUCAAGAAUCAAUGAAAUGCUUCCUAGCGGAAGCCCCACCAAAAGAGAAAGGUGUCACGCGAGAAGAUAGAAUUCACGGCGGACUUAUCGUCUUGAAUGAAUUGUUUCGUAACUCUAACAGUUGUUGGGAACGUAAAUAUUCAACGUUGAAAAGUCUACAAUCUGAAUAUCGAAGGCAAGGAGAAUUUUCGACGGCAAUGUUUCCAAGGAUGAAACAAACCCUAAUUGAAAAGAUUGGAUCUUCGCAAUCGCAUUUGGAUUCAGAUCACUCUAAUUUGAAGUUUUCAAAUAUACAGAUUGAAGAGUCUGCUAACAGUCGUCAGAUUUUAACUGACCAUUAUGAAGAAAUAUGUGAAAAAGUGAUGGAUCAACGUAACAGUCGCUCGUUUUAUGUGCAGCAGGCACUAUUAAAUAUUCUGCCUCGAGUAGCAGCAUUCAAUCGGGAGGCUUUCGUUAGGAAACAUCUGGAUACCACAGUUUACUACCUGUUGAACAUAUUAAAAGGAAAAGAAAAAGAUCGAAAUGCCGCCUAUGUGACCCUAGGUUACAUUGCGGUGGCAGUGGAAAACGACAUUGAAAAACAUGUGAGGAGCAUUAUGGAGACAAUUAAAGUCGCCCUGCCGGCUCGUGAUACGCCCAGUAAACGUAAACCGACACUAGACCCUGCAGUAUUUACGUGUAUCACGCUACUAGCACACGCUGUAAAAUCCGGCAUUACUGAAGACAUCCGCGAAAUUCUCGAUUCAAUGUUCGCUACAGGACUUUCUCCUGCCUUGACUGUUUGUUUUCGCGAAUUGGCAGAAAAUGUUCCACGUCUUAAACGCGACAUAUCAGAAGGAUUGCUUCGAAUGCUCUCACAAGUUCUUAUGAAUAAACCGUAUCCAUCGUUUGGAACACCAAAACAUAAUAUACCAGUGUCGUUUCCGUCGUUGGGAUUGACGGAUUCACAUCAGUAUGAUGUUGCAACGAUCGUGUUGGCGCUGAAAACUUUGGGAACGUUCAACUUUGAAGAUCAGCCAUUAUUGGAUUUCGUACAAAAGUGUGCUGAUCAUUUUGUGUGCCACGAGCAGCAAGAAAUUCGCCUGGAGUCGGUUCAAACUUGCACCCGUCUCUUAAAGCAAGCAAUUCAAAGUUCAGAUCCUAACAAUGGCGUUUCGGAAACACUAAAAGAAGUAAUCGUGCAUGUUUUGGAACGUUUAUUAAUAGUCGGGAUAACGGACGUUGAUUGUAAUGUGAGACUACGUGUACUGCGAUCGUUGGACGAGACCUUUGAUGCGCAACUCGCGAGGCCUGAAUCUCUAAGUGCUCUUUUGAUAACUUUAAACGAUGAAAUCUUCGAAAUACGUGAACUGGCGAUUGUGACAAUUGGUAGACUGUCAGCAAUGAAUCCUGCCUAUGUUAUGCCAAGCUUAAGGAAAACUCUGAUACAAUUGCUAACGGAAUUAGAACAUUCAGGGAUGAGCCGUAAUAAGGAGCAGAGUGCAAGAAUGCUGGACCAUUUGAUUGUUAGUACUCCCAGGCUGAUCUCUUCAUAUAUGCGACCAGUUCUCACAAUAUUAGUACCGAAACUCAAGGAGCCCGAAUCGAAUCCAGGAGUAAUUCUUAAUGUUCUUCGAGCUAUUGGUGACUUAGCGGAAGUGAAUGGAGGUUCUACGGAGCUAGAAAAAUGGGCUGAUGACUUGCUUGCAAUACUUUUGGAGAUGUUAAGUGAUUCAGGUAAUCCGGACAAACGUGGGGUAGCACUAUGGACAUUGGGGCAGCUAGUGAGCGCAACAGGACGCGUCGUAACACCAUAUCAUAGAUACCCAAUUCUUAUCGAUAUCCUGAUAAAUUUUCUGAAAACUGAGCAGAGACGAUCAAUACGUAGAGAGACAAUUCGUGUGCUAGGAUUGCUUGGCGCCAUGGAUCCUUACAAACACAAAAUGAACAAAGGGUUAAUCGAUAGCCAGAAAGACACUAUCUUAAUAUCGCUAUCAGAUUAUAAAAAUAACGAAGCGCAAGAUCUAUCGACUGCUGAAAUGUUGGUCAAUAUGGGGACAGUAUUAGAAGAAUAUUAUCCUGCAGUGGCGAUUUCCACGCUCAUGAGGAUUUUACGUGAUCCUACUUUGGCGCAACAUCACACAAUGGUCGUUCAUGCGGUUACAUUCAUAUUCCAAAGUUUAGGAAUCAAAUGUGUUCCAUACCUAGCUCAAGUGCUGCCUAACCUUCUGGACAACAUUCGUACAGCAGAUAUGAAUUUGCGGGAAUUUUUGUUUCAACAGUUGUCGACCCUUAUCCAAAUUGUCAAACAGCAUAUCAUAUGCUACAUGGGGGACAUUUUCAAGCUCGUAAAGGAAUUCUGGACAAUCAACACGCCAUUGCAACCCACCCUUAUCAAUCUCAUCGAAAAUAUAGCCAUUGCCCUGUCAUGUGAAUUCAAAGACUACCUGCCUCAACUAAUGCCACAAAUUCUUAGAGUUCUCCAGCACGACAUCUCUAAGGAUCGGAUAGUCACCAUUAAAUUGCUACAAGCACUACAGAAAUUUGGAAAUAAUCUGGACAAUUUCCUGCAUUUGAUAGUUCCACCGAUUGUGAGGCUGUUCGAUGCCUCCGAUGUUCCGCAUCAAGUGUCAGUGACUGCACUGGAGACCAUAGACUAUUUGGCUCGCAUUUUAGAUUUCACUGACUUUUCAUCUCGAAUCAUCCACCCACUUGUUAGAGUUUUAGAUAAUAAUAGUGAACUGAGAGACAAUGCCAUGUCCUGCCUUAAGUCCUUGGUCAUUCAACUUGGCAAGAAGUACCUAGUUUUUGUCCCGUUGGUUCAUAGAGUCAUGUUGAAACAUAAGAUUUCAUGCUUGGAUUAUGAGAAGCUGAUUCCGAAAAUUCAAAGCAAUACAACUGUUUGUCUGGAUGACGAGUUUCGCAUCCGGCAAGCGAAAUAUAAAAAUAAUGAUGUGUCGCUUAGCUGUAGUGAUAAUAACACCAUCAAGAAGCUAAACACGUCUUCGAGCGAUCUUCAAAUGGCGUGGUUGGCAGCGCGCCGGGUUUCGAAGGAUGAUUGGCUCGAAUGGCUUAAGCGUCUCUCUAUAGGAUUGCUGAAAGAGUCCCCAUCUCCAGCGUUGAGGUCGUGUCGCCCGUUAGCACAGAACUAUCCCAAAUUACUGCGUGAUUUAUUCAAUGCGGCAUUUAUUUCCUGCUGGAAGGAGCUGUCUCCUGGGUUGAGAACGGAGCUAGCACAGAGUCUGACACAAGCGCUCGAAGUGCAAGAUAUGCCAGAAAUAACACAAACAAUUUUAAAUUUGGCUGAAUUUAUGGAGCAUUGUGAAAAUGAAGAUCUUCAGAUUGCGCUGUCACUUUUGGGGAAACGGGCAAUGCAGUGCCGCGCCUACGCCAAGGCGUUGCACUACACUGAAGAAGAGUUUUAUAUUGAAAAGAAGCCACAAGUUUUUGAGAUGUUAAUCUUGAUUAACAACAAACUUCAGCAAAAGGAAGCCGCCGAGGGGCUUCUAACAACGUUCCGUAAUGCUGCCGAUGAACUCAAAGUACAAGGACGAUGGUAUGAAAAGUUACACAACUGGGACCAAGCUUUAAAGCACUACACAGAUAAACUGAAUGCUGACGCGGAUGAUCUAGAAUCACGUUUGGGGCACAUGCGUUGUCUUGAAGCUUUAGGUGAAUGGUCGGAACUAGGAAAAGUCACCAGAGAACAAUGGGAUAAACUGGGCCAAGACGGGAAAGCGAAGGCUGGUCGUUUAGCAGCUGUAGCGGCGUGGGGACUGCAGGACUGGGAAAGCAUGCAAGAAUACGUAAAAUGUAUUCCUGAGGAGACACAGGAUGGUAGUUUCUACAGAGCUGUGUUAGCUGUACAUUAUAGUGACUUCGAAAGUGCUCAGAGGCUCAUCGACGAAACUCGUGAUCUGCUCGAUACAGAGCUAACAGCCAUGGCGGGCGAAUCGUACGAACGAGCCUACGGAGCUAUGGUCUGUGUACAAAUGCUUUCAGAGCUUGAGGAGGUAAUUCAGUACAAAUUAAUUCCUGAAAGAAGAGAAAUCAUAAAGGAUAUGUGGUGGAAGCGACUGCAGGGUGGACAGCGCUUAGUAGAAGACUGGCAAAGAAUAAUUCAAGUGCAUUCACUGGUGCUGAGUCCACAAGAAGAUGUUCACACGUGGUUGAAGUACGCCUCAUUGUGCCGGAAAAAUGGAUCGUUAAAGCUAUCUCAUAAGACUUUGGUCAUGUUGCUUGGCACUGAUCCGUCAUUAAAUCCAUCAGAAGACCUUCCAGCAAACCAGCCACAAGUAACAUUUGCCUACACUAAACACAUGGCUAUGGCUGAUGACGUGCAGGGUGCUUAUGAGAAAUUGAGUCGAUUCGUCGACACUUUUUCAUUCUUGUGCAAUUGUCCUAUUGACGACAUGAAGAAGGACGACCGAAGAUUGCUAGCUCGUUGCUAUAUGAGACUUGGUCUUUGGCAGAACAAACUACAAGGAAUUACCGAUAGUUCAAUAAAAACGAUCCUAGGAUCAUAUGAGAAAGCAACAGCCUAUGAUCCGAAUUGGUACAAAGCCUGGCAUUCGUGGGCGUAUAUGAACUUCAAAGUGGUUCAAACACAAAAGCAACAGUUGCAGGAUCAACAAAGUGCAAUAUCCGAACAGGUUCGGGCCCAGAAAGAGAAGAUGAUAAUUUCGCAAUAUGCUGUGCUUGCAGUUGACGGUUUCUUCCGUUCCAUUAACUUGCUUAAGGGGAAUUCCUUGCAAGAUACCUUGCGGCUUUUAACUCUAUGGUUUGACUAUGGACAUUAUCCCGAAGUUUAUGAUGCCCUCGUGGUAGGCAUGAAAUUGAUUGAGAUUAACACAUGGCUGCAAGUCAUUCCCCAGCUAAUCGCUCGUAUUGAUACUCACCGGAAUUUGGUUGGUCAGUUAAUCCACCAGUUGCUGAUCGAUAUCGGAAAGUCUCAUCCUCAAGCUUUAGUAUAUCCUUUGACGGUAGCUUCCAAGUCGGCUUCGAUUCUCCGGAAGAACGCGGCCGAUAAGAUCUUGGAUUCGAUGCGAAAACACUCACCUGUACUUGUAGAACAAGCAAUGAUGUGUAGUGAAGAAUUGAUUCGUGUUGCAAUACUAUGGCAUGAACAAUGGCACGAAGGAUUAGAAGAGGCAUCAAGAUUGUAUUUCGGUGAAAGAAAUAUCAAAGGAAUGUUUGAUACAUUGGAGCCAUUGCAUGCCAUGCUGGAGCGAGGACCCCAGACGCUGAAGGAGACAUCUUUCAAUCAGGCUUACGGGCAUGAUCUGACCGCGGCAGCGGAGUGGUGUCAGCAAUAUAAACAAUCUGGAAAUAUAAGCGAUCUAGACCGAGCCUGGGACUUGUACUACCAUGUGUUCCGGAAAAUUUCGAGACAAUUGCCUCAGUUGACUUCAUUGGAACUGCAAUACGUCAGCCCCAAAUUGUUGGCCUGCAAAGAUCUGGAGUUAGCUGUUCCCGGGAGCUAUAACCCUGGUGGAGAGUUGAUAAGGAUAUCCCACAUCAAAACAAACUUACAAGUGAUUACGUCUAAGCAAAGGCCAAGAAAGCUAUGCAUUAGGGGGUCGAACGGCAAAGAUUAUAUGUUCUUGCUAAAAGGUCACGAAGAUUUACGACAAGAUGAACGUGUUAUGCAACUUUUCAGCUUAGUAAACACUUUACUCCUGAACGACCCGGACACUUUCAGGCGAAAUCUAACUAUCCAAAGAUAUGCUGUUAUUCCACUAAGUACGAAUUCUGGUCUGAUUGGUUGGGUGCCGCAUUGCGACACACUUCAUACGCUUAUUCGGGACUAUCGCGACAAGAAGAAAAUUGUUCUGAACAUUGAACACCGCAUUAUGCAGCGCAUGGCUCCUGAUUAUGAUCAUCUUACCUUGAUGCAAAAGGUGGAAGUUUUUGAAAAUGCGCUUGAGCAUACCAAAGGCGAUGAUCUGGCUAAACUGCUUUGGCUGAAAAGUCCAUCCUCUGAAGUGUGGUUCGAUCGUCGAACGAAUUACACUCGAUCAUUAGCGGUAAUGUCAAUGGUGGGGUACAUCUUAGGAUUGGGAGAUCGUCAUCCUUCAAAUUUGAUGUUGGAUCGAUUAAGUGGUAAAAUCCUGCAUAUUGAUUUUGGCGAUUGUUUUGAGGUUGCUAUGACUCGCGAGAAAUUCCCUGAGAAAAUACCAUUCCGGUUGACCCGGAUGCUUAUAAAUGCUAUGGAAGUGACGGGAAUUGAGGGCACAUAUCGACGGACAUGCGAAAGUGUCAUGCUUGUCCUUAGAAGGAAUAAAGAUAGUUUGAUGGCGGUACUGGAAGCGUUUGUUUACGAUCCUUUACUGAACUGGCGACUUUUGGACUCUGAUAAAAAUCGACGAUCGAAAACAAACACCGAUGGAAACAUAGGAAGCUUGAACGGAUCCGUAGACGAUGCAUUCAACCUGUUUUUGAGUAAUCAAAAUGCAAAACUAAAGCAAUUCGAUGCCACUCAAGGGCCACAAGCUGAGGUGACGAAUAAAAAAGCUCGAUCGAUCGUGGAUCGGGUUAAACAAAAAUUAACCGGAAAUGAUUUCAAUACACAGAAUGCCGUGACGGUGCAACAGCAGGUCGACUUGUUGAUACAACAGGCGACCAACAAUGAGAACUUAUGCCAGUGCUAUAUAGGUUGGUGCCCAUUCUGGUAAAUUCAAUUCACCGCUUUGCUAUCCGCUAGGAGUAAGAUAUGAAUUCAGUUCAUUGACGAAAAUCUUGCUGAUGGAAUUGUGAUAUAUAACUGACACAAAUUCUUCUAAAACAAAAACAACACGUACACACAAUUUGCGUUUGUUUCUAACUCUUGAAUGAUGUGGCCAUUAUCGAAAGCCCUUUCCAAAGAACAUAACAUAAGAAACAUUAAAAGUGAACUUCUGCUUUCAUUCUUCUCUCCAUGGACGCCAUCUGUUCUUAUUCACAUGUUAGCUACGAUACGUCUCAAUAUUCUUUUGUAUUUUUGUAUUAUCAAAUUGUUAUUCUUUUUUGUUUCUUGAGUAUGGUGUUAUUUAAGCUUCUCCAUCAUGACUAAAUGUUUAAGAAAUUGUUAUAGAUUUUAUGUAUAAUAUUUGAGAUAUUAUGUAUAAUAUUCUGAGAUAGUAAAUAUUUUCCGUAAGGUAUGUCUAAAUAAUUCAAUUCAUAAUUUGUUUGUGUAGUGCAGUAAUUUUCUUAUAGACAAAGUAAGGCUAAUAAAUAAUAUUUAUAAU